AUGGCAAACCUAAACCGUGACACUGUUUAUCAAGCUCCUCCCAACAGCGAGAAGCCGCAGUGCCUACAUCUCGAAGAGAACAAGACGAAGGACGGGGACCUCGAGGGAACCCCGGGGGACGACGCCAGAUACCAUAGAGAAAUUGAUCCAGCUGAGGCCAAGCUGGUGCGAAAGCUCGAUUGGGUUAUCCUGCCCACUCUCUGGUUGAUGUACUGGUUCAACUACUUGGAUCGAAAUGCGAUUACAGUUGCGCGCCUUGACGGCCUAGAAGAUGAGCUCAACUUGUCGUCAACACAGUAUCAGACCUGUGUAUCCAUCCUCUUCGUGGGAUACAUCCUAGGACAGGUUCCUAGCAACAUGCUUAUGACUCGUCUCCGGCCCUCCGUGUUUAUGGCAUUGUGCAUGGCUCUAUGGGCAGUUGUGAGCGCCCUCACUGCUGUAGCCCAAGAUUUCAAAGGGCUUCUUCUCACACGCUUUUUCCUCGGCGUCGUCGAGGCCCCUUUCUAUCCCGGCGCACUCUAUAUGCUUUCUAUGUUCUAUGAUCGGAGAGAGAUCGCUACUCGAAUAUCCAUACUUUUCACUGGAAAUAUUUGCGGUACCGCGUUUGCAGGCCUUAUUGCGAUAGGGGUCUUUAGAAUGAGCGGCUCCGGUGGCAUCUCCGGAUGGAGAUGGUUGUUUAUAAUCCAGGGUGCUAUUACAUUCGUCCUCGCUGUACUCUCUGCCUUCAUCUUACCAGAUGAACCCCUCAACACUCGAUGGUUGUCGGAGGACGAACGGCAACUGGCACACUCCCGGAUUGCGAGUGAUACAGUUGAUCUCCAGACAAACACGAGUACGUGGACUGGGCUCGUCGAGUCACUACGUGACCCUCACCUCUGGGUUCUAAUGUUCCUUCAACACUUCCACAUGGCGGCAAGCAAUUAUAAAAAUUUCUUCCCUACAAUCGUGGAGACGCUAGGAUUCUCCCGAGACGUGACACUUGCCCUAACCUGUCCUCCGUACCUUGUUGCAGGUGCUAUAUCCAUUGCGUGGGCAGCAAGCUCUGGACAUUUUAACGAAAGAGUCUGGCACAUCACUAUUUCAAAGGUCGUCGCUGUGGUAGGAUUCGUGCUUGCUUGUUCAACUAUGAAUGUGGGAGCCCGGUAUUUCGCGAUGUGCACGUUCGCAACUGGCGUUUAUGGCGUGAACAGCAUCAUUCUUGGCUGGGUGUCCACAACCUGUGGGCAAACCAGGGAGAAGAAGGCAACCUCCCUCGCCAUUGUGAAUACAUUUGCAUCCACCGGCGCUAUCUAUACCUCGUAUCUCUGGCCGACUUGGAAUGCGCCGCGGUAUACAAUCCCCAUGCUUACAAGUGCUGGCUUUUCGAUAGCUUCAGUCAUUUUGGCUUGGGUAUUACGAUAUAUGCUUACCAGAGCGAACAAGAAGAUCCUCGAAUCCAAUACGACCCAAAUGAGGCUCUAUGCCUAUUAA